CGCAAACAGUGUGAGCGGUAGGUCGUCCGUCCGCUCGUGGCAGGUGUGGCAACUCCUCGAUCGUCAUGAUCAAGAAGGAGAAGCCCAUGAUGUCCGUGUCGGCCAUCAUACAGUCCCAUUGGGGAAGAGGACUGAGCUUGGAGAACAACCUGUCGCUGGUGGGCCCGCAGUCGCCGCUGGACAUGAAGCCGGACGCAGCCAGCCUCCUUGCGGGCAGCUUCAGCCCCUCCCAGGCCUCCAACCCUACCAGCCCUGCGGGAUUUGGUAUGGCACAUAGCAGUGUACUUGGAAAUGGUAACAAGAGCCUGAAUACCCCUUAUCCUCCUAACCAUCCACUGAGUGGUUCUAAACAUCUCUGCAGCAUAUGUGGUGACAGAGCCUCAGGAAAGCAUUAUGGAGUUUAUAGUUGUGAAGGUUGUAAAGGUUUUUUCAAAAGAACAGUACGUAAAGAUUUAUCUUAUGCUUGUCGUGAAGAUAAACAAUGUCUGGUAGAUAAACGUCAAAGGAAUAGAUGCCAAUAUUGCCGAUAUCAGAAAUGUUUAUCAAUGGGCAUGAAAAGGGAAGCAGUCCAGGAAGAAAGGCAAAGAACUAAAGAGAGAGAUCAAAAUGAAGUUGAAAGCACCAGCAGCUUUCACACAGAUAUGCCUGUUGAAAGGAUUUUAGAAGCAGAAAGAAGAGUUGAUUUCAAAGUGGAGCCUAUGGUAGAAUAUGAGAAUGCAAAUACACUUUUUCAAGCGACUGAUAAACAACUGGUACAGCUUGUUGAAUGGGCUAAACAAAUACCACAUUUUACCUCUCUGCCUAUCGAAGAUCAAGUACUCCUUCUUAGAGCUGGUUGGAAUGAGCUACUGAUAGCAGGAUUUUCUCAUCGCUCUAUUGGUGUUAAAGAAAAAAUAGUUUUAGGUUCUGGAGUAACAGUUUGUAGAAAUACCGCUCAUCAAGCUGGUGUUGAUACAAUAUUCGACAGAGCUCUCACUGAAUUAGUUUCAAAAAUGAGAGAAAUGAAGAUGGAUAAAGCAGAACUUGGUUGCCUGAGAACUAUAAUAUUAUAUAAUCCAGAAGUUCGGGGAUUGAGGUCAGUAGGAGAAGUUGAAGCUCUGAGGGAAAAAGUCUAUGCAUCACUCGAAGAAUAUACAAGAUCAACCCAUCCAGAAGAGCCUGGGCGCUUCGCGAAAUUGUUACUUCGACUGCCUUCUCUGAGGUCUAUUGGCCUGAAAUGCCUUGAACCACUCUUUUUCUAUAGGGUUCUUCAUGACAUACCCAUCGAUACAUUCUUAUUACAGAUGUUGGAAUCAUCUGACUUGUCCAACAGAUUGUAGCUUCCUCUAGUUUUUUUUUUAUCCGAGACAGAGAUCUCAUCUUUGCCAUAUUUCAAUUAUUUACAAAUUUAGUUGUUGAGACUAAUGUUUUACUUGUAAUUACUAUAACUAUUUAUUUAAACUAAAUAUGGUUCAUAUAGUGUAAUGUGUUACAGAUCCAGAAUGUUAAGCAAUGAUAAGAUACUAGAUGAAAAUAAGAUUGCCACAUUUAGCUUAUUUAUAAAUGUAUUGUAAAAAUGUAUAGCAAAUUCAUUGUAGGGGAAAAUAAGGGAAGAACGUUUGAUUGAUUUAUUUUUUAGAAAAUACAAUGACACCUUUUUUUUUUAAUAUUAGAUAAUUAUUCCUGAAAAAUUAAUAAUUUGACAAUUCAAAACAAAAUUAAGUUAUCAACUCAUACUCAUCGAUUAAUUUUUUGUUUGAAUUAUUAUUUUUGAAUUUUUUUUUU